AAAGCAAUGCUGAUCAGUGUGACGACGACCACGGUACUGUGGGCCAUACUAGCGUGGCAGUGUCAUGGGACGGAUAAUUUGCCAAGCAAUCUUGGUAAGCUGAACAAUCUGUUUCCACUUACGAUCAUACAUAUGAACGAUCUUCAUGCAAGAUUUGCGGAAACUUCAGAGAGAUCGUCGAAGUGUAAAGCGAGUGAGGGUGAUACGUGCAUUGCCGGUAUAGCGCGCGUGUUUCACAUCGUACGAAAGCUGAAAAAGACGCACCCAAAUCCACUCUUCUUUAAUGUCGGUGACAAUUAUCAAGGUACGAUCUGGUACAACUAUCACCGGUGGAAGGUAGUGGCUCGGUUCAUGCAACUACUGCAUCCAGAUGCGAUGACACUCGGAAACCAUGAGUUUGAUGAUGGGUUGAAUGGAUUAAGACCCUAUCUGAAGGCACUAGCAACCGAAAAGAUUCCAACCGUAGCAUCGAAUUUAAUCCGAUCGAAAGAUCCUUUCCCUGAUUUACCACGUUCGGUGAUACUUGAGCGGGGUGGACGUUCGAUAGGCGUUAUUGGGGUGAUAGCUGAUACAACACAUGAACUCUCCAACACUGAAAGCAUCACAUUUGCCAAUUCUAUUGACACGGUGCGCACGGAAUCGCAAGCUCUAAAGCAACGAGGCGUGAACAUCAUACUGGUGCUGUCCCACUGCGGGCUGGAGGUGGAUAAACAGAUCGCGGAAGAGGCGGGCGACCAUGUGGAUGUGAUCAUUGGGGGACAUUCACAUUCGUUUCUUUUCCCGAACGGUUCCAGCAUGCCGCACAGUAAACUUGAUAAAAUUUUGGGCGAUUAUCCAGUAGUUGUGACAAAUAAGGAUGGACGUAAGAUACUAAUUGUGCAAGCCUACGCUUACGGUAAGUACGUAGGCCGUUUGACGGCCUAUUUUAACAAAGAAGGAGAAGUUAAACAUUGGGAAGGAUUCCCGGUGUAUCUGUCCGACCGAAUACCGCAGAGCCGGUGGGCGUUAAUAAUUCUGGAACCCUAUCGCAAGCAGGUAGCAUCGUACGGAGCAACCAAAAUAGCUGAAACGGCUGUCGAUCUUGUACAGAACACUUGCCGUGUUAGUGAGUGUAACUUGGGAAGCUUGGUGGCGGACGCGAUCGCCGAUUACUACACCAACGAAACCUUCCACCCGGUAGCGGUGAUAAAUGCUGGUAACUUCCGAUCACCAAUACCCAGAGGAUUUAUUACCAACGAGGAAGCGAUCGGUGCGAGCCCAUUCUCGAACACGGUCGAUCUGCUAACGCUACGGGGCGACACACUAUGGAACAUCAUCGAGCACUCGCUCGUGUUGGAUAGUGCUAAGCGAUUAAACGUGGCCCAAGUCUCGGGAUUGCGCGUAGUGGCGGAUCUCGAUCGAAAACCGUACGAACGGGUGCUCUCGAUCGAGGUGCGUAACUUGCGCGAUGGUAUCAGCUAUGAACGAUUGAAUCGAAGGGCAACUUAUAAGGUGGCGACACUAUCGUUCAUUGCCACCGGUAAGGAUGGGUUCCGGUGGGCAUUGGAGCGACUAGAUCGAAAGAUUGGUCCACUCGAUUCGGAUGUGUUUAUAGCGUACCUGAAGAAGCUUCAGAUGGUAAACAAAUCCAAUCUUAAGAGUGGAAGAAUGAUGCUAAACGGAACGAUUAAACCAUAA